GUGAAGCACCGACGUGCAGAUCAUCCAGUUCACGCAGAAUGAGGGAAAAAAAGAAAGAGAGAGAGAGAGGGAGAGAGAGAGAGAGACUGGUCGACAGGAUCUUCACGUGGUAGAGCCGGGACAGGCGCUUGGAUGGUUAAACUAGAUUAGAGAUUUAUUUUAGUCUGGGAGGAUUUCGUGCUCCAGGAAGGGCGGGAUGAAGCUUUGACUGCUGCUGCUGCGCUGCUGUGCCGUGCUGUGCCGCUGCUGGGGCUGCCGCCGCUGGUGCUGCGUGCGUGUGCACUGAAGGCAGUCUGCAGCCAGCCUUUGCGAGCUCCUCCUUUGUGGCUGGAGUGGAGAGGGACACCAGAAGCUGUCAAUGAGAGCAGGAGGGCACAGGGGAGGAUUGCAUUCUCCAUUGCAACCUGUCACUACUGUCGCGUAUGCCCGUGGCUCCCGCAAGGUUAUUAUGAGGAAAAAUACCCUUUUGGCCAUAUCUGGAACAAGAACACCAGGGAUCAGCAACCCAUAAUGCACUGCCCUUGAACCUAAACAGCAAAGUUCGCCAGCCAACUGCUGAAGAUCCCAUUUACAGCAAUGCAUUUAAAUCUGCUCAAGUCUGACAAAGUCUGGGUGAAAAACUCCUUCCAGAAUAUGCAUUCGUUAAGGUGCAGGAGGUACCGGCAUGUCAGAAGAAAACUGCACCCGCUGCGUGUUCUGGGGCUUCUCUUGAGCCUGGCAGCAAUAAGCGCAUUUUCCUGUUUCUUUAGUGCCUUUACUUGGACCACAAAUUACAACACCGAACUUUUUAGCAGUCCCAUCAUCCCACAGUCAAUUCCCGUACAACACAGGACUCUGCUGGGCACUGAAGAGAAAAGGGACGGGAAUACUUCCAAGGACUUGCCCGUUGCGAUGAAAAGGAAAACGGAAGACAACAGAAGUGAAGCAGUCAGUCAAGGCGAGUACCCAGAAGAUCUCUUCAGCCUGGAGGAAAGGAAAAGCGGUGCCGUAAUUCUGCAUAUGAUCGGGAUGGUGUACAUGUUCAUAGCCUUAGCCAUAGUAUGUGAUGAAUUUUUUGUACCAUCACUGACUGUCAUCAUUGAGAAAUUUGCCAUCUCCGACGAUGUAGCUGGAGCAACCUUCAUGGCGGCUGGAGGCUCUGCUCCGGAGCUCUUCACUUCGAUCAUUGGGGUGUUCAUCUCCCACAGUAACGUUGGCAUCGGGACAAUCGUUGGAUCCGCAGUAUUCAACAUCCUCUUCGUCAUCGGAAUGUGUGCUUUGUUUUCCAAAGAGAUUCUCAACCUCACCUGGUGGCCACUUUUCAGAGAUGUAUCUUUUUAUAUCAUUGACUUGAUCAUGUUAAUCAUCUUCUUUUUGGAUAACGUCAUCAACUGGUAUGAAAGCACACUUCUGUUGACGGCUUACACUGCUUAUGUGAUCUUCAUGAAGUACAAUGAGCGGGUUGAGGGAUUCAUAAAAUCUAAGAUAAACAGGAAUAAAGUCGUGGAAGUAUCAUCAGCCGAACCCCAAGCAAAGGCUGAUACAGUUGAGGAUGAAAACAAGCUGACGGCUAAGCCACGUCUGCAGCGAGGUGGCAGCUCAGCAUCACUGCAUAACAGUCUAAUGAGAAACAGCAUUUUUCAGCUCAUGAUUCACACCCUGGACCCACUUGCUGAAGAAUUUGCAGAUUCUGAACUUGGAACGUAUGGCAAGCUAAAAUAUUAUGACUCAAUGACCGAAGCAGGGAAGUUCAGAGAAAAGGCAUCAAUUCUGCACAAGAUGGCAAAAAAUAAAUGCCAAGUGGAUGACAGUGAGAGACCUAAUGGCAUUGCCAACCAUGGUGAUAAAGCUGAGCUCCCAAACAGCGCUAACGUGGAAGUGGAAGUGACCCCACCAAAGGACAGUCGGCAAAUACAGAACGGGAACGUCCCACAUGACAUUGAGGCUGAUGGACAGGGAGGAGAGGCUUCCGGCGGUGACGAUGACGAUCAGCCCCUGAGUCUGGCCUGGCCAGAUACUAACCGCAAGCGGCUGACAUACCUUGUAAUCCUGCCCAUCGUCUUCCCUCUGUGGCUGACAGUUCCAGAUGUCAGGAAACCAACUUCUAAGAGGUUCUUCCCUUUGACGUUUCUUGGCUCCAUCUGCUGGAUCGCCUGUUUCUCAUACCUUAUGGUCUGGUGGGCACAUCAGGUUGGGGAGACCAUUGGGAUUACUGAAGAGAUAAUGGGAUUGACUAUUUUAGCAGCUGGCACCUCGAUUCCUGACCUGAUCACAAGCGUCAUAGUGGCCCGAAAGGGACUUGGAGACAUGGCUGUGUCCAGUUCAGUCGGUAGCAAUAUUUUCGACAUCACUGUCGGACUCCCACUACCAUGGCUCCUCUAUUCCAUCAUCAACGUAUUUGCUCCCGUGCACGUUAGCAGCAACGGCCUGUUCUGCGCCAUUGUGCUCCUCUUCCUCAUGCUGCUCUUUGUCAUCAUGUCCAUCGCUCUUUGUAAGUGGAGAAUGAGCAAAGCCCUGGGAUUAACCAUGUUCCUGCUCUACUUUGUUUUCCUCGUUGUCAGCGUCUUGCUGGAAGACAAGGUUCUUGUGUGCCCCGUGUCAAUCUGAACAGCCCAGCUCAGCGGCACCUUUGAAUUUUUGGGUGGGUGGGGAGGGAAAAAAAAAAGUUUGCUGUUUGCGGGGAUGGGUUCAGAAAUUACUGCAGAACAAUGGAAUAUACUGUAGAUGGCUGAUGAUCCGAGAGCAGGUGGUCUUUUUACGUUCUCCUCCUGCUGUUGGGCCUUGCUAAUGUGUGCAUAUGGGAUUUGUUCCAAAGUGAGCGACUGCAAGAAAUGGACAACGUCUGGACCUGUUUGAAGGAAAAAAAAAAAAA